CUCAGGGUAUGGCGGAAGUUGCAUUUUUUAUCUAAACAUAACUCACCCGACUGUGGUAUCCGGGGCCAAUGAACAUCGUUCGGGUGUGAGCGGAACCCACGUGCCCUAGCCGAGCUGGAUAUAUAUUUUGUCGUGUGCAGUUGAGGGUACUAAUAAGCUGUCAGCUGUCGGGACGGAGACAUCGAUAUCAGCACGAACGGCCUGGAGUAUUUUCAACAAAAGUGUGCAGUAAUCUUUGAUAGCUUCUCCAUAAACUAUGGCUGCUACAGAAAUGCCACCCAUCGGUGGUGUAGAGGACUAUGAGGGGGAAGGCGUAAAAUAUAGUCAGCAGGACAUUUUCAAACAAAUCAACGCUCUCCUCGACAACACACUCAAUCUGACAAACCUGUGUGGCAUGAACAUUCCUCCCGAACAAACUAAACAAGCUAUGAAAGGAGGAGUUCCAAUGACAUUACCACAAACUGCAAUGCAGGACAUGGGACAGACUGGCUACGAUACCAUGUAUAACACCGCAGCCUACCCAGGAUUCCAGCUGUUCUCGAUGCCUGCCUCCCAGAGUCACACCCAGCAGCAGCAGCAGCAGCAGCAGCAGCAGCAGCAGCAGGCGUACACUUACCCGGGGACAGUGAAGCAGGACUACUCUUACCAUGGUCAGAUGAAACAGGAUUACACAACGCCACCAAAAUACUCCAGGGCCAUCAAGGGUGUGGAGGGGCACUCUCCAUGUUCUCCUAACAGUGACUAUGGAACGCUCUCUCCAUCCAGCUCGCUGAAUGAUUCGGCCCUCUCCCCCGUGGAGAAGAUGAUCUACUCGAGUCUGAUGAAAGGUGGACACAAUGGCCGAAGUAUGUCUCCAAGUGAUUCCGACACGAGCGGCAUCAGCAGUGAGGGUUCCGAUAGUGCUCUUGUGGACAUGAUGAAUUCCCUGAACAUCGGAUCAAGGACUGCCAAACCCCAGGUUCAUGAUGUGGCCACUCAGCUGUUCAACGCUCAACAACAGCAAGCUCAAGUGGCCGCCCAGGCUCAAGCUCAGGCUCACCAGCAGCAGCAGCAGCUGAUCCAAGCCACCAGUGCCUCCGCGGCCAUGAACUCCAUGGCGAGCCAGCUGAUCCAUUCCAACAGGGCCGGUGGCUACUCCGUCAACCCAAUGCUCAUGGCUAAUGUGGACCCAUACGCCAUUGACCGUGCAGCUCGUCUCCACAGGAACGCAGCAGCCAUGUGUGAGGCCAGCUGUACCUGGAGCGGCCAACUGUGUCCUCGUAACCAUAAAAACCCGACCUACUCCUGUAAGGUCUUCCUGGGUGGCGUUCCCUGGGACAUCACAGAAGCUGGACUACAGUCUGCCUUCAACAAGUUCGGAAACUUUAAAAUUGAAUGGCCUGGGAAAGAUGGGUAUGUGUACUUGCUGUUUGAGUCGGAGAAGGCCAUCCGAUCAAUGCUACAGGACUGCACACACGACUUUAGCAGUGGAGACUACUACUACAAGAUCUCCAGCCGCAGGAUGAGAGCCAAGGAGGUACAAGUGAUCCCUUGGAUCCAGGGAGACAGCAAUUACGUGCGUCAAGCUUCUCAGAGACUUGACUCGAACAAGACAAUAUUUGUUGGUGCCCUCCAUGGUAUGAUGACUGCUGAGUCACUGGCCAACAUUAUGAAUGACCUGUUUGGAAACGUGGUCUAUGCUGGAAUUGACACGGACAAACACAAAUAUCCCAUUGGAAGUGGGCGGGUGACCUUCAGCAGCAAGAAGAGCUACAUGAAGGCGGUUGGGGCAGCAUUUGUGGAGAUUAAGACUCCAAAGUUUACAAAAAAGAUCCAGAUUGACCCGUACCUGGAGGACUCUAUGUGUAGUAUGUGUGCCGUACAGCAGGGCCCCUACUUCUGUCGGGACAUGCAGUGCUUCAAGUACUUCUGUCGUACCUGCUGGUACUGGCAGCACGCGCUCGACGCCCUGCGACACCACAAACCCGUUACGCGCAAUACCAAGACGACCAAUCUGGCUGCUGCUGGAGCUCUCAGCAUGUAGCUCGAAUACAGGAGGAAAUGGGAUAUAGGAACGUAAUCAGGACCAAUGGGGAAACGUGCUAUUUUUGGACAGGAUCUUUAAAAGGACGAAGGAAAAGAUGUUUCUUUGUUUUUUGCGCCUUGAAGAAACUUGUUCUGUGUGAUGAUAUGAGGUGCUAAGAUAACUCAGUGCUCAAGUCGUUAAUUUUAGGGAGCAGGAUGAGAAUAUAAGGGAGGUCACUCCAGAUUUCAUAUAGACAACCCUCCAAGACUCCUUUUCAAAUGUGAAAAGAAACUAAACUUACAUUUGUUGAAUCACAGCUCAAUGGGAGACAACUCCGGAAGUGCUAAAUUGAAGACUAUUGGAGCUGUUGAUGUAGAAUGAAAAAAGGGGAAAAUAAUUGUUAUAUAUAUUCUAAGGAAUAGAAUUUGGACCAUAUAUAUUUUUGUAUAGUGCUAACUAUAUAGUUGUUUUUGCUGGCUAAGUCAUUUCAUUAUUACUUAAUUACUGUCGGAUAUAACCAUCCAGAUUAUUUGUUUAACCCCUGAAGUCACAUUUGAACCUUACCAAAUCAAAGACUGGGCCAGUCCAGUUUAGAUAUGUAGGGGUGUAAUGAGAUAGUGUUUGCAGUGUUGUAAGUAUGCUUCAGAAAAAUAAUGGUUAAAAGAAUAGACUUGAUUUAUCUAGAAGGUAAAUCAUUAAACGAUGAUAGAAGCUCAGAAGUGACCAAAGUUAUAAAAAAAAAGAAUGACAUAAAUAUUGUUUUUGAAAGACCUAGUCAAGGGGAGGUAACUCUAGAUC